AUGUUUACAGAUUAACAAAUUUCAGGGCUUUCAUCUGUGAAACAUUUGCUCUCGAGCGGGAACGAAGAAGAAUGGAAAGCGAGGAACCGUCAAUUCACUUCAAUUGCUUCGUGCAUUAUCCAGGCUUUACGGAAGAGGGGCUAGAGGAACAAACUGUCGCGCGCGGAAAUGGUAUUCAACUAUCUCCCAAGACUCAACUUUCUAGUCUCGCAGCGAACGUUUUGAGCGAGAUGUUUCAAAAGCAAGAAAUUGACGGCAAAGUCAUAAUGAAAGCGGACAACGCGAAAGGUGAGUGCGUGAGAUUUGCUCUUCCUUAGAUUUGCAUUGUUACUCGUACCUGUACCUGUUGUAGAGUUCAGCGUCAAACUGGCCUUAAAAUACUUUUAAUGAUAUCCGUGCUCAUUUUAUUGAUCUGCUUUCAUUAGAAAUAAAAUCGGCCAUGCACGUCCAGAUGAGAGGUGAAAACCGUCAGAAGAGAUUCCCUUUUGCGGAAGAAACAUAUCGGAAAAUACUUUCCUUACAAAGAAAUUGUUGCUCAUCCAUUGACCUGCUUUUAAAAAGAAAAUAUCACCUGGUGAAUGUUGCGUUAAUUUCAACGUGUUGUUCCAAGAAUACGGACGUUUUGAAAGGCUAGUUUUUUUUAAAUCACCUUCAGUGAUGUUAAGUGUUAGAAUCAUGUAAUUUUCUAGAAAUAAUUUUUGUCCUUUAGAAAAAAUAAAGAAUCCUAGAGAGCUUGAGAAAACGGCCUUCACAUCAUGAAACUCAAUAAUUAAUUACUUUGAAAUCGAUUAUCCACAUCUUUCCUGCCGCCUGUUUAUUUUCUCUUCCCCAUAUUACGCAGUUUCAUAAAAUACCGUCUUAAACUUCAGGCCCCAGUUGUUCAAACGUUGGAUAGCGCUAUCCAGCGGAUAAAUCACUAUCCAGCGGAUAGCGUAAUUGAUUUCCGUAAUACUUAUCGGCUGGAUAGUGAUUUAUCCGGUGGAUAGCGCUAUCCAACGUUUGAACAACCGGGGCCUGGUGUGAUCAUGCGUACGCUGAAAGGAUGAAAAUGUUAUUUAAUUUGGCAGUGAGUAGGGGUGAGGUGGGUAGAGAUGAAUGGCGCCCCUCCCCACCCCACCCCUCACAAAGACACAUAGAAGGAAAAGGUUUCAUGAGAACACAAGGCUGUGCUCUAAAGAAAAAUAAAUUGAAGGGAGCGAAGUGUUCUAAACCUGUGAAAUCCAGGGUGCCCAGAAGAUAUGCUCUCUAUGAAAGAAGUAAAGUUUUCGAGUUGCCCGUGAACUAGCUACAAAUCAUACCGAAGUUCAAUGCAUACUUUAGGUACAUUUGUGUUUAUAAGAUUGAUGUUUACUAUUUACGGCUGUUACAUUUAAUUUCCAUUCAUUUCAUUACUGCUUUGUACCACUUAAUGGCACUAGAAGUUCGAAGCAUUUUUAUUUACCACAAUGCAGGACUAAUAUAAGAAAGUUCUCCAUCAGUUUCCAAGGUCCUAAAUUUUUUAACUCUCUUAGUUUUGAAAUUCGAAAUGCAACAAGUACCGCUUCCUUUUGCUGUAAGCUGAAAGCAUUCCUCUUAUCAUAAAUAAUAAUUUAUAUAUAUAUAUAUAUAUGUAUUUUUUUUUCUUCCUUUGCUCUUUUAUUUUGUUUUGUUUUGUUUUGUUUUUUUUUUCUUUUUGUCAUUUCGCUUUUUUAGCCUAGAACUAUGAUUAGUACGACUAUCUAAUAUACUUAUUUUAAGAUUUACUGUAGCUCUGCCAUUGAUUUUCCCGUGUGUAAUUAUGAUAAUAUUUUGUUCUAAUUAUCUAACUGAGGGAGCCCAUUCCUUAUAAGCCCGGUGGCUUCUCUUGGGCUUCCUCGCCAUGAGAGUUAAGGUAAUUAGAUUUUAUUUGAUUUGUAUAAUUUUUGGCAAACAAAACAAUAAACAAUAAACAAUGACAUUUAUGAAACUGAACCCCUGGGUAAUGAUCCCUUAUCUGUAAAAUAUGAUCCCCCAAAACCAAUGAAGAUUUUGAAAAUGACCUCUCAGUAAAAUGGUCAGCCUCUCUCACAGGCAAUAAGUGACCAGUCCCUUAGGUCAGCUCCUGGUUAUUUGGUAGAAGUGCAUCACAUUUUUUAUGAGCUGGUUUUACUAUCUUUGGUUUUAUUAGUAAGACAUUCAAAAUGUUGCUGAGCCUACUAGAAUUGUAGCCAGAUUUAAAUUAGUGCAAAUUUUUUUGGAAAUAACUUGAUUUGUUGAUAAACUUUUUGUGUGGCCGAAGUUAAAACAUGAUGAACAAAACUUUUAAAAUAACAAAACAAAAAUGAUAGAAAGAAUACUUUCCAACAGGUCAAAGAACAGAUUGAUUUGGAGGUUGAAUAUUAUUGUACGAAACCUAAUUAGUGUUUGAGACACAGUCUUUAAAGCCAUACCUUAAUGGGACCAUGGUACAGAUUGGUGUACUGAAGCAAGAACAGCCAGUUAUAUCCUUUGAAUUCUUGAAUUCCUUCCUUACAUGAUAUUUGGUAAGGGUAUUGUUAUCAAGCAGAUGUUUUUCUUUAUUCCUAAAGUUCAAACUUUCUGGUGUGGUUUAACUCACCAUGCGAUAUGUGAUGUACAGUCAAAACUGCAUGACCAUUCAUAAAGAAGUUCAAAUUUCUAUCCGCUUCAUUAUCAAUUCUUCCUUUUUUUUUCCUUUUACUGAAAGCUUCAGUAUCUUUUAUUUUCAAACAAUUUUGUAAUUUAUUGGAUUUGUUUUUCUUCCAAGUUUCCAUUUUGAGUAGUCACACUGUAAAUUUAACAAUGCUUGUAAGCAACAUAACUGUCUUGCUCUGAAACAAACAUGAUCUUAGCUCUAAACAUGGUGGUAAUCUUCUCAUUAAUCUGUUUGUUAACAGUGUUUAUUCAAGUGCGAGACCACUGGAAACCACAUCCACUAGCAGAUUUCACUAGAGAGGGAGAUUUGGAAGUAUCUUUACUUGAAACGUUUGGAGAAAUAUUAUUUGCCAAAGAUGCUGUGAUAAGCAUUCAUGUCCAUCUGUGUUACGAGUAAGUCUGUUAUUUUAAUACAUCAUAUUAUGUACCUUCUUGUGCUUCUGCCAGUUUGUGUGCAAGAUCCUCAAUCCCCUGCUACAUGUACAUGUACAUUGUUCCAGAAAAUAUUUCACUUUGUUACAACACCCUUUGAAACCUCAGUAAGCUAAGGUCCAGCCAAUUAAUGCUGUAAAUUUAAUCAAUUUUUAAUGUAAACUGUAUUUUUAAUAUACUUUGCAAAUAAAAAAUAGUGCAUGCUAUGUAGUGGAACCUCGGUAUAAAUAUGAACCUCUAUACAACGAUGUCCUCAGUAUAACGAACAAUUUUCUUUACCCAGUAAUACUUAAAUGUAUGAAAAAGGACCUUGAUAUAGCAAACAACAAUCGCCUGCCUUUCGUUAAAUCAAGGUUCCACUGUAGACCAUUCUUAACCUUAAGUGACCUCUGUUAGGGUUCAUACAGAGUCUUGAAUUUUCCAGACCUGGAAAAAGUCUGGAAAAUGGAGGUAAAGUCUGGAAAAGUGGUAAAAAAUCUCGAGUUUUAUAUUCAAAGCUACAACAGGUGCUUUAUAUAAAGUCUGGAAAAAGUCUUGAAUUUUGGAUCCAAAAAUCUGUACAAACCCUGUCUGUUAGUCUCCCUCGCCGCAGUUUUUGUCUCAUCACAUAAUGGUCCUCCUCAACAAACAGCUGAUAACAUUCAAAGCACAUUCCUUUCCAAUAACAAUUAUUGUUUUGUUCAUCCACAGAAAUGACCAAUCGUUUAUUAGUAAACUGAAAAUAACGUCACAAAGAAUGUGCUCCUGUGAUUUCCAGUUGCAUCAGAGGUGUCAGCCAUGACGGGCCAGGUUCUAUUUUGCUAAAUCAUUAAAACUGAAUCGAAGAUUGAGGUUUUGCGUGAAAAAAACUGAAAAGCACUUUUUGCCCUGAAAUGGGUGACUGUACAAUGCUUGGUAUAAAAGCUGGAUCAUUAAAUUCCCAUUGAGGGAAUUUUUUUUGGCAAGAAACAGCUAAUUGUUAUCAGAUUAUCAGCAUUUUUCAUCAGUCCUGUCACAUGUAGACGCAGACCAGAUAAGAUUGGGUAAAGCAUACGCGCGCGUUUCUAAAAUAAUAAUCAUUAAUGCAAAAAACACAAAUACUGCUUUGAGUAGACAUUAGUUUCAAUUCUCACCCGGAUAAGUAGUCAAAUCGUAGCAUAUUCAAGUCUGUUUUAUUCAAAACAAAAAAUGUAUAUGACAAGGCAAAUAUUAACAACUUUCUAGGAGACAACUUGAUGCCAUAAAUGAUUUGAUAGAAUGCAGGCUAUGAAUGGAUGGCAUGUGAAAGGAUUAUUUCGUGUAAAACAGUUCCAGAAAAUAGAACCAUAGCUGUGAUUGGUUCAGAUCGGGAAGGGAAUGUGGUUCAAAGGUGAGCAGCUGUUUGUUGGGGAGGAGUGUUGUGUGACGAAACAAAAUGGCUGUGAGGGAGAUUACCUAUCUGUGGAUUGACCUUUAAAUUUGUACUAAAAUCUUUCCUUUUUGAAAGGUUUUUUCCGAUUUGAACAGCCUAUCCAGCAUGAAAACUGGUGUAGUAGAAAAAGAAGCUCUCCCUUUAGUCUAAAGUUUCAGAACUACAAAAAAAAUACAUUUAAUUCAGACACUUGGUUGUUUUCACCUUACUUAGAAGCAUCUGACCUGUAUACUGCAGGGUAAACUCUUUUAAAGGUGGACAAUGUUGGGUUGAGCAGACAUAGAGACAUGUCUGCCUGACUGACAGGUAGUAAAAAAAAUGACUUAAAAGCCCGGUUAUCCAGGAUGGCUUGGCUCACGUCUUGUUUCCUUUUAAAGUUUCUGUUGUGUUUAUAUGAGGCUGGCCCGUUUGCCAAGAUCUUGGCUUGAACAACCAGGACCUUGGGAAGUUGGGUCAGCCCACCGUCUCAUAUAACACACAAAAUGUUUAUGAGGAAACAAGGCAUGAGCUGAACUAGCCCUGUGAACUUGACUGGCUCAUCUCAUGUAAAAAGACCAUAAGAAUUGCAUUGAUGUAAUUAAAUGCAGGUGGCCGUUUGAGGGAGUUCUCCAUUAAAAUUACAAAAAAUAGUAACUGUAUUUUUGUUAAUGCAGUAAAGAUUGGGACGACCAAAAAGUUAAGGCAGCUAUCAAAAAGCUUCUAGAACACUACAGCCAAACACACCUGGAACGCAUGAUGUGUCCUUUUUCUCAGGUAAUUUAUUUUAUUUUAACUUGGAAUCUGGAUAAACUUCGACUGUAAAAUUCCUUAAUGUACACUGAAAUGCUCUCAUUCUUAAUCUAUACAUUGUGUAUUAACAAAGGUUGUUAAUUUCCCCUAUUGCCUUAAAAAAGGGAGCACGGUGUUCUUUUAAAGGUCAGGGUACAUAAAAGGCAUACAAUCAACUUGUAAUUGCUUGCCAAAAAACUGCAUUAAAGCCAGAGGUUAAAAGUAAACAAUAAACUUUUAUAAAUAGCCUGCUUUUUUUGCUUGAUAGAAGAUGUGUACGUUUUGGAUAAUAAGAUUGGUUAGGAAAGAGUAGACCAAAAACAUAAGAAAUCAGGCCAAGAUUUUCAAGUUUGAUUGUGUUAUUUUAAGUGGAAAAUCACCUAAAAUCAUAACUUUCACCUUCGAGACUAAAUGGAUUGUCGUUCUCUUGUAAUUUUGCUUCAGUGAAUGCAACAUCAUGAUUUUUCCCAGUUUACUGUAGUGAUACUGCCCUGUUAUGGGAGCUUUUUCGUUAAUAAUAUUUAUUGUUCCAUCAACAUUAUUUGCUUUAACUUGUCUCUGACAUAAUUAUGUUGGGUGAAAUAGUGUAUUUUUUUUUUAAACAAAUGAUUUAAGUUAAUGAUACUUUUUGUUGUAGGGUAUGCUGUCACAAAUAUCAAGAGACCAAUAUCCCUGCCGUCUUUCAUCUGAAAAGAUUAAGCUUUUUGCGGCUUGGUAUGAACAUUCUCAAUUGAGCAAGGAACAAGAAGAGGAAGGCUCGAUGUCUCCUGGAAGGAAAAUGCUUUUCACUCCACGCGGGAAGAAGAUUGUGUUCAAUGCUGCAGUGGAAAUUCCACUUUUGAGAAAGUGGUAUGAGGAGAAUCCUAAACCAGAUCUAAAGGAUUUAACAGGAUAUGCUGAAAUCCUGAACAGUUUGGAAGAACGAAAGUCAAAGGAACAAGUACUGGCUCGUCAUGUGAAUACUUGGUUCAAAAAUGAAAGAGCAAGGUUAAGGAGGGAAGGACUUUUAGAGGACUUGUCCAGACCUUCCAUGGCUGUUGUAACUACUUCUUAGCCAAUCAUAAUAUUAUUUUAAAACAAGUCUUAUUAAUGUAAAAUAUAAUAUUACAUGUAAACAAGUCUUUUCUCUGCUAGCACAAUAUACAUUUUGUAUCCUGUUAAUGAUCAACCCCUAAUUUAAAAAAAAUGAUAGCAAAGGGGUUGGAGUAAGCACUUUCCCCAAAACAAAGCUGGCUGCUUCCAGGGAACUAGACUUUCUCAAAAGCCAUUUCCAAUUUCUACCGUUUAGGUCGUCUGUUGGGAAACGGUUAUACUGUUGCUAUGGUGACCUGUCAUUCUUGUGAUUGCAUGGGGACUAUUAAAAUGAAAAAGAAGAGUAAGUUGUGUUUAAAUAGUUCAUUCCAGUGCAAGUUUUGGAAAAUGCUGAACAGUUUAGGGCGGCUAUGGAAAAUCACAUGAUAGACUAAUAAGUUUUAGGAAGGAAAAUGUAUUGAUAACUAUUAACCUUUUUUAAUUGCAAAUCUAGCUUAUACCCUCUCACCUCUACAGAAUCUGCAAUGUAAGAUAAACUGUUGGUUCCCUGCGUGAUUUUUACCUUGUGAUUUGCUCAUGAAAAUACAAUGGAUAUAUACAAACAAUAUGAACAGUAUUUAUUGCUAAAUUUCAUAUAUUUAUUUAUUAUUAUGUACUAUACAUGUAGAAGACUCG